GGUACGUUUGGGUUUUGUUAUGCUUUAGUGCGAUAGGGUAGGCAUUCAAAAUUCGGCACUGUACCAAAGAACUUUGUUGCAAAAGUGUUGACACAAGUAAAGUGUUAUAAUGGAACGUAGUUCUAAACUUUGAAUGAAAGAGUGGCGGUUGCUGAUUGAGAAUAAAAUGCCUGAUUGCUUAACGUGCGCAAGCUCCAUUGAUGGCGAUAAUCAGUCAUUCGAGAUUCAGUCGAACAAUGAGAUCCAAAAUGCACUAUGCAAGCAUUUUUGGUUUGAUGAAGCCCAGUAUCGGAAGAGUACCAUUUGCUGUCCAUGUUGGAACAAGAUUGAAGAUUUUCACCGGUUCUACUGUAAAGUGGAAGAACUGCAUUCCAAACAGAUCCUUCCCCACGUACAACUGGUUGAGAUCAAACAGGAAAAUGUUCAGUACGAUUUCGCUUCUGAACAGCCGGAUGUUUUCAUGAAGGCAGAAGAAUAUGAACCAUUCGGAAUCAAUGUCAAAACUCUCGAAGAAAACUACCCAACGACAAAACAUGCUUCGCUUUCGGAUAUUGGAGAAAGCAGCAAACGUCCAAGGUUAAAUAAGGAUAUUUUAGAUGCUGUUCAGGAGUACGUUUCACAGAAUCUCCCUCUGCAUUGCGAUACGUGUUCCGUGCGAUGCAUAACUUUCGAUGAUUUGCAAAGACAUUCCUUGAUGCAGCACGCGAAGAAGGCAACAGUUAUGUGCUGCAAUACGAAGCUCACGAAUAGUUAUCGCUUCGUGGAUCAUAUACGGUUCCACCUGGACCCGAACGAGUUCAAAUGUUCCCCUUGUUCCAAGCAGUUUGGAAGCCGAGAAGCACUCAAUAGGCAUGUACGGUCUCAUACCUUGGGUCCUGCUUCUGAUCUAGAAUAUCCCAUGAGUGAUACUGGUAAAGAUGAAUCUGUCGAUGCUGUAGGUGUGGAUGAUGAGCGAAGUGAUGGUGAUCAAGGUGACGAUGAGCCAGAUGGUGAUGUGGACUACGAGUCGGAAAGUGAUGAUUCAGAAGAGUCACACAAUUCAGAAAAUGACAAGAAAGUCAAGAUUGAUGGAGAACCAGUGGCGAAAACCGAUGACCAACAUGAUUCACGCAAGACUUCAGUUGCGGACAACGAGAAGAUGAUUGCCGAAAACGUAAACCUUGAGUGCGACUCUUGUCAGAAGAAGUUCAGUUCGUUCGCUGCUUUACAGAAACAUUCGACGGCCGAGCACAACAAGCCUGCGUAUGUAUUUUGCUGUAGUUCAAAGUUCAACCAAAAACAAAGACUUGUUGACCACAUUCUUUUCCAUCUGGAUCCGAGCAGAUUCCAGUGCAAACUCUGUCACAAGAACUUCUGUCAGACUAAAUCUUUGCAACGACAUAUGAUCAAGAAACAUUCGCCGGAGGACGCCAAAACAUUCCAAUGUACCAUGUGUCCGAAGAAAUUCACACGCCAAACGUUCCUGAAUACUCACCUUCGGUAUCACAACCGACGGUGGCGUUGUGAGCUCUGCGACAAGAAGUUCAUGUGCGAAGGUACCCUGAAAGUGCAUCACAAGUCCAUUCACACCAAAGAGCUGAGCUACGUUUGUCACGUGUGCGCCCGAACAUUCCACAUCUACGCUUCGUAUCGAUCGCACCUGGAAACGCACGACGAAUCGGCAAAGAAGAAACCGCAGAAGCCGCGAGUGCAGUGUCAAAUCUGCAACACAUGGACACAGAAGAUGUCCCAUCACAUGCGACUGCACUCGGGACCGAGAACUUGUGAAAUUUGUGGUAAGGAGUGCAGGCAUGCCAUUGCCUAUCGGUAUCAUAUGAAGGGUCACCAGUUGGGCGACUUCGUGUGCUCGGUUUGCGGCAAAAGUUUCAAGAGGGACAACACACUGAAGGAACACAUGGCAUCGCACACGGGCGACGUGCUGUAUAGUUGCGAUUUUUGCGAUCGUACGUUUAACUCGAGUGCGAACAGAGCUUCGCAUCGCAAGAAGAUGCACCCGCAGCAGUGGCUCGAGGACAAGCUGAAGAAGCAAGCGGCCAGGAGAGAACAGUCGAGUGAAGUGGAUCAGCCGUAAAUACAAGGAUUUGAUCAUGGAUUUGA